AUGGGUGGAGAGAAAAUGUUGCGGAUAGUGAUGUUUCCAUGGCUUGCCUUUGGACACUUGAUCCCUUACCUUCACCUUUCCAACAAACUUGCUGAGAAAGGCCACAAAAUCACCUUAUUGCUUCCCAACAAAGCUAGGCUUCAGUUAGAACCACUUAACUUUCACCCUAGUCUCAUUACUUUCCAUUCAAUCACUGUCCCACCCCUCGAAACUCUCACUCUCCCUCCUGGCACUGAAACAACUGCGGAUAUCUCCCUCAACCAACAUGGUGAACUCUCCAUUUCCAUGGACCGCACUCGGCCUGAGGUGGAGUCUAUCCUAUCAACCCAGAAGCCCGACCUUGUCUUCUACGACAUGGCCCAUUGGAUACCCGAUAUUGCUAGCAAGCUCGGGAUCAAGUCAGUGUCAUACAACAGUGUAUGUGCUAUUUCUAUGUCCCAUGUCAGACCUAGCGUCCUUCCAAAAGCAGCAGCAACAUCACAAGUAGCUUUGUCAUCAUCGUCAUAUGUCGGUAGUGUCCCUCAGUGGAGUCGCAAUGAUCACAACUCAUCAGUCUAUUUUGGGGAUGAGAUUACCUUACUUGAACGCUCUAUCAUCUCCCUCUCAUCUGCAGAUGCAAUAGCCAUCCGCACAUGCAGGGAGAUUGAAGGAGUAUAUUGUGACCGUGUUGCUGCCACAUUCAACAAGCCUGUCCUUGUCACUAGCCACGCCUUGCCUGAUCUUGAACUCCAACUCUCUCCGUUGGAGACUCGAUGGGCUGACUGGCUAGCUAGGUUUGGGCCAAGAUCAGUGAUCUUUUGCUGCCUUGGUAGUCAGCAUGUCUUAGACGCAGCCCAACUGCAGGAGUUAGCCUUGGGGUUAGAAAUGACAGGACUACCCUUCUUGAUGGCUGUAAAGCCUCCUGUAGGCUAUGCCUCAUUGAAGGAGCUGCUGCCAGAAGGUUAUAAUGAUCGGGUUAGUGGGAGAGGGGUGGUUCAUGGUGGGUGGGUGCAGCAACAGCAGAUACUGGCGCACCCAUCAUUAGGGUGCUUUGUGACCCAUUGUGGGUCUUCGUCCAUGUGGGAGGGGUUAGUGAGUGAAACUCAGCUGGUACUACUCCCACAGCUGCCAGACCAAACUCUGAACGCAAAGUUGAUGGCAGAUGAGCUCAAGGUGGGUGUGAAGGUGGAGCGACAACAGAACGGGUGGGUGUCAAAGCAAGGUCUAUGUGAAGCCAUCAACAGAGUGAUGGAUGAAGAUAGUGAUAUAAGUCAUGUAGUGAGAAAGAAUCAUGCUAAAUACACAAGUAUGUUGAUUAGCCCUGACUUUAUCACUGGCUACAUUGACAACUUCAUCAAGGAUUUACAAGCCCUUAUUUCUUAG